AUGGAGGAGACUGAAGUGACGAUUGUCCCUGAAGGGACCACCCAGAAGGAGUCAACUGUGCAAAACACAACUCAAGGAGAUCAACAAACUGCUGAAGUGACGUCCCCAAAGUCGGCUGAGCGAUCUACCAAGAGCACUUCAUCCUCUAAGCAUCAACGAAAGAAGAAGACAACCUCGGGGAGUGCCAAAUCUGCUUCGAACGAAGAAGAACAAGACACUUCCGACGGCUCCGAGGCUGAUACUGAGCCUGAUUCAGAUGACGAUGCCAACGCCACCCAGACCGCUGACAAGUCUUGCAAGAAGCCUAAAAAGUCUUCCAAACAAUCGACCAAGAAGUCAAGCAAGCAGAAGAAGAAGAAAAGGGCCAAAGACGACCUUUCUGAUUGCGGCACCGACUCGUCAGACCCUUCAGACAGCGACGAGGAGAGCGACCAAGAAGUUGCCUCGGGAUCGAAGAAACCAGGCCUCAAGAGCCAAUUCAAGGCUCUCAAGCUUCAGGUAUCCCAACUGCAGCAGCAACUUUCCAACCCGGCCCCUGUACCUGCUUUCAGCGCCCCUGGAUACCCCCUUCCGUAUCAGUACUCCCACAGUGCAGUCGUUCCUCAAACGAACACAUCUAUUUCACAGCCUGUCGGACAACGGAGCCGCUAUGGCUUGAGGGAGAGCCGCGCGGCAUACAAAACCCCUGGAAGCUCGCUGAAGGAACAUCUCAAGGAACUUGGUCUAGGAGGGGACUCAAGCGAUGAAUCAGAUCAAGCUGCGGAGUCUAAGAAGAAAACCAAGCGUCCAGCCUUCAAGCGUGUUGACCAGGUUUGGGAUAGCAAGAUUCACAACUACAAACUGCAAGAUACAGCCGAUGUCGACAGCGAAUCGCAGUACGAGGACUUUAUCUUUCAUGUCCGCCGAACCUUUGAUUGGGAAGGCAAGUACCGUACCACGUACGUUGACAUCAGGAGCAAGCUCCUUCGCGAAUGUUUACAGGAUGUCAUCGGAAACACCGACGGGGUUAGUCUGGUUGAUGAGGUGCCCAAGCUGAACCCUCACCUACUAUUCCUGUAUCUGGAGGAUCUCCGAGCUCACCUUAGGGCGCUCAAGCAAGCCAAACCAGCUGGGGAGACCAAGAAGGCGAGAAAGAAGAACCAGGUCCGGCUUGACGACAAGAGAAAGCAUCUCAAGGUGAUGAUCAAGUACAUUGACAAAGACUACGAAACCACGAAAGAAAGUCUAUACCCCAUGCUGGAGAAUGGACUCAUCACCUUCGACCUGAUGUGGGCUCUCUGGAAACCGAACACGCUGGCUUACACGACAACUUACGGAUGCACCAGCGAGCCCCGAGUAUUCAAGGUAGAUAUGGCGACUCCUCAAUCAUCAAUUGUCAAGGGCCGGUUCUACUACAUCGAUGGCAAGUACGUGGAGUUUGACGGGAAGCGGUUCGGGUAUGGCGGCAUGGCAGUGGAUGUGGACGAGUUCCAAGGCGCUCGCAGGAUCACCAGCCUGCCCUGCUACCCCCUUCAGUACCACCCGAACGAGAGCAAGCUCCGCGCCGAUUUGAUCGAACGAGGCAAGAAGUUUGUCAAGCUCAGCGGCGUCCAUUACAAGAGCUAUCAGGGCAUCGCUUUCAUGAAGCGCAAGAAAAACCUCGUCAUCAAGUUCAACAUCCAGCCAAGCCGUGUCAUGAUUGAUCCAUCCACUUUUCGAAGGAUCAACCCCAAUUACAGUGUGUCGUCGGUCAAACCAAAGGACCCCGACAUUCUCUCGGAUAGUUCAGACUCGGAGUCGGAGGACUGCUGUGACUGCCAAGAUUCGGACUCGGACGGGGUAGAAAAGGUCAAGUAUGUCACCAAAGUGUUCAAAGAUGGCAAUGGCGAAGUACAGAGAGCGAGAAUACCGAAGGAUCUCUUCGGGAGCGAACCAGACCAAGAAGAACUCGACAAAAUACCCCCCAAGAGCGGAGAGGAUGACGAAGAGGCAGAGACGUUUGAGUUUACCGACGAGGAAUAUCUCAUCGCAUCGCCCGUGUUCCUUGGGUUCUCCUUUUCGGAGAAGCAUUGGCUGGAGCUGAGCGUUUCUGGCAUCGGCGAGAUCAAGUGGAACGACAAGGCCUGGGAUUCGCUCGUCCUUGAGCCUCAGACCAAGGACUUGAUCAAAGCUCUUGUCAAAUCACGCAAGUACCACGCAGCAAACACGAUUGACGAUGUGAUUCAGGGCAAAGGAAAGGGCCUUGUCACGGUCCUGCAUGGACCCCCGGGAACAGGCAAGACACUUACCGCCGAGGGCAUCAGUGAGUUGCUCAAGUGCCCUCUGUAUAUGGCCUCGGCGGGAGAGCUUGGGACAGAUUCUCGAUACCUCGAGGCAGAGUUGCAGAAAAUCUUGGACACUUGCCAUGCCUGGGGAGCCAUUCUUCUCCUGGACGAAGCGGACGUCUUCCUGGAGAAACGCAACAUGCACGACAUUCAACGGAACGCCCUAGUGAGCAUCUUUCUCCGGCAGCUGGAAUAUUUCCAGGGAAUUCUGUUCCUUACUACCAACCGCGUUGAGACUUUUGAUGAAGCGUUCCAGUCGCGGAUCCACAUUGCCCUCCGAUACGAUGCCCUCGAUGCCAAGGCGAAGCGAACCAUCUUCCAGAUGUUCCUCGACAGGGUGCGUGAUCUGGGCAAGCUCAAGGUAGAGCCGCUGAAGGAGGAUGACUGGACGUAUCUCUCGAAGCAAGAGUUGAACGGACGAGAGAUCAAGAAUGUGAUAAGCUCAGCUCAAGAUCUUGCCGUUAACAAGGGUGAGGCACUGAGCAUGCGUCACAUCAAGCAAGUGCUUAACGUGCAUGCCAAUUUUGGGCGGGAUCUCAGAGGCGGCACUGGCUACGAAGACGCCAUGAGAAGCUACUUUUAG